AUGAUUCGUCUGGGCAGGGUUGUUCCUAGGCUGCCUCGGUGCAACUCAACGUCAAGAUCCCAAAUCGAUCUUUGGUCGUGGCUUCCAUAUCGCGAUUCCCAGAUUGUUAGCACUAUAGCUGCCAUGGAGCACUACUCAGCUACGGUCGAAUUGCGGAUGCCUUCGCAUUCACUUUUGCCUAUCUCUGCACCGCUCUUUAUUGACACAGACCUUGAUACAGCCUCCGUGCCAAAUGACUGCUUCAUUCCAAAGUUUUUAACCGGAGUCAAGACUCCGCACUUUAAUCUUAUCGCGCCUGGUCUACGGGUCCCAAAUGAUAAGGAGUUUGCGAGGCAGCAGAGAUUCACUAUGUUACCCCAAAAAGAGGACUUUGCUCCAGCAGUUCUACUAUUUCCAACCUCAGACCGGCGAGUAGAUCUCAACUUGGAAAAGAAAUAUUUGUUCUUGCAAGACGGUGAAAGCUCCGCCAUGAACGAAGGUCAUUCCAUCUCUACCGGGCUGUAUAGUGAACCUCUAUCUCGAGAUCGUCACGACACGGAGGAAGCAGCUUUCCGCCUUCUUCUUCCUUCUCCGCUACGACUUGAUUUCCAAGAUGAAGAGGCAGCUAGGAUGAGUGAUGGCAGAUUACCUAGGUAG